AUGUCGUCUGGUGUGACGGCAUCUGCAAAGGACGAAAGUCCGGCGCUCCAUAUGAAUGGGGCCAUGUCCAAUACUACUCUAUCCACAGACAUCUCACCAACUACCAGUGCUCCUUCCGAUGAUCAGGAGGCAUCUAUAUCUGAAUCUAUAUCUCCGACAUCGACUUCUUCACAAUCCGUGCAGGGUGUGUCCCGAAUAUCCACCGCUAAACAUCGUUCAACUUCAACCUCACAUGCUACCCUGAAGAGUAGCACACAACUGAACGGCAUUAAACGAAGCCAACGUUCGGCAAGCGCAAAUCCACGAGACUUUAGUAGGACAACAGCUCCUCGGAAAACCCUCGAACCGCCCUCUACCGCUUCUUCUUCCCGUCUGCAAUCGAAACCUUCCUUUCAAGAUAUCAUCAAACGAUUUAAUGACCAAAACGACGAAUCCUUACCCUUACCGAAACCCCGAAGUGCUAGCAUAUCAAGCAGUCGUUGUGCUUCCCCUACUCCUAUAAGAUCUAAAUCCUCAUUGGCAACACAUGCACCAAGCAAGUCAGCCUCAGCUAUAAAGCUAGCCUCGAUCGUGAAGCCGGCUUCUUCUACCACCCGCUCUACUGUGAAGACUUCCUCGAAGCCUUCUCUGAAUACCUCAAAAACUGGAAGAGAUCGUAGGAAUUCUGGGUCGAGUACAAGUUCACAACAAAGGGGUCGAAAAACCGCUACCCGGUCUGCCACUGACCCUAGCGUUAGAAGUGCAACACCAGCGGACUCGAUUGGAACAGCACCCUCUGACACGGAGUCGAAGCCAACUGGUCCAAAACCGACGAAAGCAAAAUCACUAACUCUGACGACAGCGGCUAGGGACUCUUCCACUCCACCUGUAUCACCGAUAUCUCCCACCGAAAUUAAAAAACGACCCAGGCCCUCGUCAAUUUCCACGAGCCGCACAACAACCUCAUCAACAACGACACCCGGUUCAAGAUCCUCUCUACCGAAGCCAAUUAAUACCAGGACCAGCUCAAAUGGGAAAACAGGCCCCUUAAAGUCCCCCUCAUUGAACGCUUAUAUAAAAGCACCAGAAUCCCAACAAAAAUCCCCUGCUUUACGAUCUUCAAGACCUCGGUUGCCCGUUGGAGCGGUAAAGAAUGCACCUCAAACACGUUCCGGAAUGACAGAAUCUUCCUCGACUUCUGGCAAGAUGAAUGGACGGGCCACGCGCCCAGCGGCGUCGGCCGCUAAGGACGACAAGCCGAAGAAGAAGAUUCCAGAGUUAGGAACCAUUGAUUUUGCAGCCCGCCGAAAAAUGAUCGCUAGCGCAUUCAACGAUCGGAUGGAAAAGGAACGAGAGGAACGGAACAGAGCCCAUCAAAAGAAAGAAAGAGAGGCAGCCGUGAAGAGGAAGCAACAGGAGGCCGAAGCUAAGAAGGCAGCGGUUGCCGUGGCUGCUAGAUUGGAUGAGGACAACAUAAGUCCGACGUCGCAGCCUCCAAUUGGUCUGGGUCUUGACUUUGGCGAUAGUGUAACGACGUCAGAAUCGAACGAGGUAAUCGAGCAAGCAGAGUUAAAUGAGUUUAUUUCCGACUCACAUGCUGCAGAAUUCGUUGAUACCUCGUUAAUAAACGUCCAAAAUUACCAAAUAACGCAAACCACGCCAGCUCCUGAAAAUGAGAAUUCCACGCAAAUACCAGUACCCGGGUUGCCUGAGCGGCCGUUCUCAGCUGGCCGCCCCUCGCCAAGGUCCCCUAGAGUGCUCGGAAAACCAGAGUCAUACAAACGAUUAUCGGCCGCUUCGCUUUCAGCUCCACAUGACGGAUCGACCACCAGCAGCCGGCCAUCCUCCCGACAGAUGUUUACCGAGGUCGACGAUCAGUCUGCUAUUGCUACGCUUGUGGCAUCGCCGCCUAUCGUCGAAGUGCACGUUUCCCACGAGGCAACAUCUUCCUCAGAAUCUCCUAGAGUCCAUCCCAAACUACUUAUUCCUGGCCAUAGAUCCCCGGAGCCGUCUGGACCCGACGCCUUUCACGAUGAACUGUUAUUCCGGAGGUCGUUGUCUCCGAUACAGGGUUCGCCGUCCGCUCGGAGUGAUGGUUGGGAGAAAGCUGUGGAAGAUGAAAAGCGUAGAAGGAAGGAAAUAGAACAGGACCGAGAACUCAAACUUAAAAACCGACUUUCAACACCCGUUACCCCGAAGAACGGCUCGCCUCUCUUAGAAAAUGACACGACGCCCCGAGGAUACUCCCACAAGAAGCAAUCAUCAUGGUCCGCCUCACCACACCUGGCGCCGCCAGAUUCGCUGGGGCAGAUUAUGUGGAAAUAUCGCCCUUUGUCGACAAGCGGGGAGAGUAUGAUCGAUACUUUCUACAAAGAACAGGAAGAGCUCUCUCUGGCUAGACGACGCAAACAAGAGCUUAUGAGAUUUGUCGAGCCCGAAUCACCAGCGGAAUAUGAAGAACCGACAGAUAGCAAAGGCAAAGCGUUGAAUCGAUAUGAAUUGCACGAUAAGGAGUACACUCUGGAUGCCGAGCCUGAAGGGAAUGAAGGCGGCGGGUACGUCCACAUCGAAGGAACUUAUCGAUACUCUGCAUCGACAGUUAAUUCUUCGGUCCGUAGCAGGUCGGUGGAUCCAAACGACUAUUGGACACCCCAGCCGUCAAUUGGCGAGUUCGAAGGUAAUCCGCCGCGGGAAAGCUGGGCCACUGAUAGUACAAUGACCAGCUAUAGUACCAGUUCCGGCCUAGCCCCGAAUGGCAGCUUCAACCGGAAAAUAAUGGACAGGGAGAGGCCUAUAAAUGCUGACACUCCGCCAACACCACCUCCCAAAGAUUUCGUCUUUAGCCCUAAACAUGCUUCUUCUAUUAAGUCGGUGGCCUCUGAUGCCAUGCCACCGCCCCCACCCAAAACAAUCGCUUCACGUCGCGCUAGCUCAUCCUCGGAAAACGUUGAACCACUUCGAAUUUCUAAACCACCCGUUCUGCCGCAUCAAGAGGUCUACGAAAGCCCGAUAAGCAUCAACUCUGCAAAUUCUUUGCAUCCAGCUACACAGGACGAUGCCCCCGAAGGUUCCGAUCAUUCACCAUCUAGCGAAUAUUCAGACGAAGCACCAUCCGAUAGAUCCUCGCAGACAAGGGAAUCCGCGACUUUGGUAUAUCCUGAGACGUCGCCGAAUACAUCAGUCAUCACUAAUACCGGGUCCUUCGUUUCCACUCAGGAGCCGCAAGCUUUGGACGCCCAGGCCGUCGAGAAAAAGAUGUUAACGAAACGCCGCUUUUUGCUUCGAGAACUUAUCGAUACCGAGAAAACUUUCUUUCAAGAUAUGACAGUCACAGAGGAAAUUUACAAGGGAACCGCAGACGCUUGUGACGAUUUAAGGCCAGAAGACAUCCGGGUUUUAUUUGGUAAUACACAUGCUAUAGUCGCAUUCUCUCGUGGGUUUCUUGAUAGCCUCAAGGCCGCCGCCGCCGCCGUCUAUGUGCCGAGCAAACAGCCAAAGACGCCGUCUGGGUCCCAAAUCGACGUUAACGAUGGGAACAAUGAACCAGAGGCAGAGGUUUCUCAAGAGGCAGAUUCCCAAACAUGGGUUGGAGAAGCAUUUGCGCAAGCGCUGCCAAAUCUAGAGAGGGUCUUUGGAGACUACUGCAAAAACCAUGAGGCUGCUGUUAGUAAACUGCAAACUUUAGAAAAAGUUCGAGGGAUUGCAAUUUGGCUGAAGGAAUGCAAAGUUGUAGCCGAUGAUUUAACGCACGCGUGGUCUCUCGAAUCGUUACUUAUCAAACCCGUGCAACGUCUCCUCAAAUAUCCGCUGCUUCUCGACCAGAUUCUCGACUGUACGCCCGUGGGUCAUCCUGAUAGAGAAGCAAUUGAGUUGGUUAAAAAGGAAGUGCGUAUCAUUACCGAAAGGAUCAAUGAGUCUAAGAAACGAAAGGAUAUGAUGGACAAAUUAGUCGGACCCCGGCGGAAAGGCGAUAAUGAUCUUCGACACGGCCUAACUAAGGGCUGGCAGCGUAGAGCAGAGAAACUUCGCCAGACCGUCGGGCUGUCUACAGAUCUGCCCGCCGAUACCCGGUAUACGACCGCAGUAGAAAAAUUUCACAUCCAAGCCGCCAAACUAAAGCCACUGAUGGAUAAAAUUGACGAAUAUUCCAAUGCAGCCACUGUUAAUAUGGAUGCUCUAUGUGCAAUGGCGUUGAGGUUUGAGGAAUUUGCUUCCUGUAGUCCAACUAGAUUUAAGGAAUAUGAGGAGAGAUGGCAAACUCUUACUAAGCGCACAAAAGAAAUGAAGGAGGUCGCGCUUUUAGACCAUCGAAUCCGCAUAAAACGGCAUGUCAUCACGCCAAUAGAGACUAUUCAGAAAUUAUGUGAGAACACCAACAAGGUUAUGCAAAAACGCGAGAAGAAGUUGGUAGACUACGCUCGGUAUCAAGCCAUGAAGGAAAAGGGCGAUAAAAUCGACAAGAAGACCAAGGACCUAGCCGACGCUUAUAUCACAAUCAAUGACACACUGUUGGACGAGCUUCCUAAGCUACACACUAUGGUUGAGAACCUCCUUGAUGCUGUACUGGCCAACUUUGCAGAACUUUGCUGUGUCUGGGAUAAGUACUUGGCUUCUCGACUUGAGGGUUUGCUCGAUCCUUUGGAUAUCCCCUCCAACUUUUCCGACAUUAUUGAAGUUUACAAGUCCGAUUUCAAUAAAGUCGAAUCCGUUGUUGAGUCGCUGACCAUCACAAAUACGAAUGCAAAUAUGUGGAAGACAUAUUCGAUAUAUUCUCAAGGCUCAUCCUCGUCAAACCCAGAAACUUCAUCCUUAAGCUCCCACUCACUCUACAGGUCUCCAACAGCUGAUGGCGCCACCCCGUCACCUAAUCCUUCGAAUUUUGGACGCAGUAGUCUCGGGGGUAACUCCUCAUCCCAUAGGCACUCUGGUUCCUACAGCCCUGGUUCAGCUUUAGUAGCUGCUUCACUCGGCCAUGCUCUUCCAAUCCUACCUGGCGCAGUAGCUUCCGUUCAAGCUGCCCAAAGAGGGCGGGCUGCAUCAGCUUUCAAUAUACCGCCUACGCGGGCGCCGCCUCCACCACCCAUCCGGGCCCUCAGCAGUGCCAGUGUCCCAGUACAAACGCACAGCCCGGGUCUCUCACCAACAUACUCUACACAUUCGGUUGCCCCAAGCGUAGCAUCCGCACCGCAAACCCAUACCCUCAAUGCGUUCCAUACCGUCGACGGAGGCUCGCCUAACCCAUCUCGUCCAACCACCGCUGAUGCAACCACCACCCCUAUCACCGGUAGAAUGGUGAAAGGACAUCCUGUGUUGUGGCUUUGCGCCAGCAUUUACGCCUACCAUGCGAGCAAGGAAGCAGACGCCAAGCGGGAUUCUGGUUUCCCCUACUUGACCUACGAUCAAGGCGAGAUUUUCGAUGUCAUCGGCGCUAAGGGCGAAUACUGGUUAGCAAGAAACCAAGAUGACAAAGGCCAAGAUUUCGGCUGGAUCUGGAGCAAGCAUUUCGCAAGACUGGCUCUCGACUGA